AUGAAGAAUACUAGCAGUGCCAGCAGCAGCGGGACUAGCAGAAAGAACAAGAAGCAGCAGGAGCAGCAGGGUCAGCUGGAAACAGGUGCACCGGCUGCUGUGAGGUUUUUGGGAGUGAGGAGGCGGCCGUGGGGCAGAUAUGCGGCGGAGAUAAGAGACCCCACCACCAAAGAGAGGCACUGGCUGGGCACGUUCGAUACCGCCGAGGAAGCCGCUUUGGCCUAUGACAGAGCCGCACGUUCCAUGCGCGGCCCACGCGCUCGCACCAACUUUGUCUACUCCGACACCCCCGCCGGCUGCUCCGUCACGUCCAUCCUCUCCCCUGACUUCUCAUCAUCCACCUUCAUUAACAACAACGACGACAGCAGGAUUGUAUCCUCAUGUCUUGAACCUUGCGGCCAGCAGCAACAGAUGAUGUUCAACAUGCAGCAGGGGAGCGAAUGCUACUACCAAAAUAGUAAUAUUACCAAUAUUAAUUCUGAAGCUAGCAUUGACGACGGCCAUGGCGGGCUGCCUCCUUUGCCGAGAUGUGAGGUGGAGAACUUGUCCAUUAAUGCAGCAAGUUUUGACGACGUGAUGAUGGAUACUAUGGUUGAUUUUACGGCCAUCAAUGGCGAGGGCAACAACAACAAUAUUAACAACAUUGGUGGUGGUGGGUACAAUAGUUUCGGCUACGAGGAGGAUUGCGUAAUGCACAGCCCGCUAUUCAGCACGAUGCCUCCGCUCCCCGAUUCCAACAACAUGAAUAUCACUUACGGUCACCACCUGCCACUGCCUGCCGACGAUGCCUACCAUUUGGGGUCCUCCUCAGCUUACAACUAUCUCUUCUCAAACUAUAACUAA